AUGGAGAAAGAGAGGCUAAGUGAGUUGCCAGAUGAAUUGCUCUUGAAGAUAUUGUCAUCGCUUCCGAUGUUUGAAGAUGCUUUAGCAACACGUCUCAUAUCAAAACGUUGGGAAGGUACUUGGAACCUGGUGCCGGAUGUCAAAUUUGAUGAUGAUAGAAAAUCUAAGAGCUUCGAGACUUUUAUGAGUUUUGUAUAUGGAUAUUUGUUGGCUAACGAUGCUCCAAUUCUAGAGAGAUUAACACUCAAGCUUAGCCAAUACUAUUCUGCUUCGGACCUCAAUUUUUGGGUUCAAAUUGCAGUUAACCGAUCUGUGAGAAAGCUGAAAUUCCACUUGUCUGGCAAAACCCUACAAUUGCCAUGUUGCUUGAGUACUUGCAAAACCCUAAAAAAAUUGGUACUCCAUGAUUUAGGUAUCAAGGUUCUCCCGCUUUGGGUAUGUUUGCCAUCACUCAAAACUCUGCACCUUUUCUCGGUUAAGUUCUCCAGCGACAAAUCUGUAGCAAGUCUUUUUAGAAUUUGCCCUGUUCUUGAAUGUUUGGUCGUAGAGCAAACCAAAACUGACAAUGUGAUGAUAUCCAAUAUCGAUGUGCCUACUUUGACGAGCUUAACUAUCAAGAGGAAACGUGGGAAACACACAUAUGUUGAGAAGAGUCAUGGCUUUGUGAUAAAAGCUCCUUUAUUGACAGAACUUAACUUUGAGGAUACAAUAAGUAAUUUUCUAGUGUUUGAAUCUAUGCCUCAGGUGAUCAAAGCGAACAUCGAGGUUAUUUGUGACCAAUCUGAGAACUUCAUAGGAUCUCUACCCUCAAUCCAACAUCUUACUCUUUGUUCUCUAACGUCAAAGACUCCAUAUCCUAAAGACACUUCCUUCUCCUCUCUUAAACAUCUAGAGCUAUGUGCAUGCUCUGCAGGAUGGGCGGAUCUGCUUGCUUGUAUGCUCAAUGACGCUCCAAAUCUUCGGUCUCUCAAGCUUAAGUCGAAACAUAAUUUCAAUUACAAUGAUCCAAUGACCCUCUGGGAAGAACCAGCAGUUGUUCCUAAAUGUUUUUCGGAGCAUCUCGAGACCUUGGAAUGGAGGCAAUACGAAGGAACAGAGCAAGAGAGGAACGUGGCUGGAUACAUACUAGCACACGCUGCUUGUCUAAAGACGGCGACAUUCUCAACAGGAAGUAAAAGCAAAUAUCAACGCAUUCGCAUGUUGGGGAAGUUAGAGUCUAUGGACAGAGUUUCAAAGACAUGUCAACUUACGUUUGACAGCCUAACAUUGAUACCAAAAACAACUUGUGUUUGAAUAAACUCUUAAUGUGAUGCUGUAUGUGUCUCUUAGAAGACACAAAAUAUUUUAGCUUUCUUUUUCCUUUUCUUUGACUUUAUUUUUGGUGUGUAUGGUUUUUUUCUUUCUAAUCUCCGGAUUCUUUUUUAAUUCGUAAGUUUUUUUCUUUUUGAAUAAAUUACACUAUAUUUGGGAUUCAAUACACUUUUCAUGGAUUUUGAACAAGAUAAUCAGAACAAAGAGUUUCGUAUAACUAAAACUAAAAAACAUUGUGGAUGGGGGACUUGUUCAAAAACUAAAUGUACGAAUUGUCACUGUUGUUGAUCAAUGAGACAGUGAUCAUUUUUCUAUUGGUAAAUAAAUAUUUAUUUGACUUCUAUUCGAAUAAAUAUAUUCGAAUAAAUACAUGAAUGGGUCUUUGGAGUAUCAAGUAUGGAUCCAU